AUGUUUCUCUCUAUUUCUCACAAGGAGUGGGAUAACUUCUAUAACUCCUCAAAUGAAUACACUCCAUACAGAAAUGAAAGCAAAAUGCUCGACAAUAGUUCACCAAAUAGCUAUUAUGUCUCUCUUUGUCUCUUUAUUUACCUUAAUCAGACAGGUGCAAUUCGUAUCACAGAUGAAACAGACAAAAAACUCAAAUUCCUCAUUGAUACAAGCUCAUUUUACAAAUGUAUGCACGAGAGCGACAAAGGUGGCUCUUUAUACAUAAGUUGUACAAAAGGUGAGUGUAUUCAAGACCGAAUCUGUAGUUUUGGCUCUAACACGGUUACAAUAGGCGCAUAUUGCUAUAUUUCAGUUUCAGAAGAAUAUCCAUUUAAGAAUUAUCUCCUUGAUUCAACAAUUACUUCAAGUGGUGAAGAAAAUCCAAAAGAAAACAGUAAUAUUGAUUUGGUGAAUGAUGAAACAUAUAUGAAAUCAAUCAAUAUUUCACAUUCAAAACUUAAUUACCAUAGUUUUUACUAUGUACAUUAUAAUUCUAACUCAAACGGAACACUUUCAACGUUUUCAAACAACACAUCUACAGAGUUCAAACAAGUAAUUCAUUAUGGAUCAUCUGAUUCAAUUGAAUUUACAAUUCUUUUCUGUAAUUACUUCGAAAAUAAAUGCGAAAACUUUAUUGAUAGUCAGUUUAAUCUCUAUCUCAAUAAUUGCAAUUUUUAUAAAAAUAAUGUCAAAUAUAAUUAUUUCUCUACAGACGGUCAAAUGCAAGUUCAAGGAUGUUAUUUUGACAUAUCAGAUCCUGUCAUAGCUGGACUUGUCACAAUAACAGAGAAUGCAAGUUCAAUAUAUCCAGAAAAUCAUCAUUUGAAUUCAGGUUUAUGUUAUGCAGAGCUAAAACUUGGAUUUUCAGAAGAAAAAAAGACAAAAACAGAAGAAAAAGCAGAAAUUAUAGUAAACAAUAAACGAAAUAAUAAAUUUAAUUUCUUAGUUUGUAUUUUUUUGUCUUAUUCGUAA